UAUUCUUCAUCGUGGAUUAUUGGACGGUGACCGCUGGUCAGCAUUGUGCAGAUGUGAGAGAAGUUGUGUGCAUCAGCAUCAGUGUGAGCAGUCCAGACUGACUUGGCUACAGAUCAAAGAUCCUCACUAAAAUAAAGAGAGGGAUCAGUCACCAUGGCAACAGUGUCCCUGCAAAAAGAAGAGGGUUCAAUCGACUCACGUGAAGCGCGAGAAUGCCAGAAGCAAGGCGACGCAAGCCUCAGUUCCUCUGUUCCGGACCCGAAAGGUCCCAGAGUGGACCCAGAAGAGGACAAUGAGGUUUUCCGAGACCAAACGGAAGAAAUACUGACAGAAAUAGUUCAGGAUUUUCAUGAGGCUCUCCGGUCACAUCUUUCUCCAUCCCUUGGUGCCUCAUCUAGCGAGACAUGCCUAGAGAAAGAAGUGUCGGAAUGCAGUGGGGUCGAGUUGAACUCAAAUGAAGACUCAGAAUCUCUGAGCAGUUUUAACAUUGAUCCACCAGGAAGUAUCCCAACAGGCAAUGUCCAACAAGAAACACCUAAUUCUAUUGAUGAAGGAGAAGAGGAGACAACGAAGGACAUUUACUUGUGUCCUAGAAUCGUGAUCAGUUGUGAAUACUUGCCAUGUUCCAACUCUGCCGAUGUAGUUCCCUCAGACAACCAGCAAAGGGAGCUCCUGCCCCAAGGCCUACAAGGACCUACCCCUAAGGGAGCAAACCAGGAAGCUGCUCAACAGGUGCUUGGCCAGACCGCUGCACCUUUGUCUGCCGUUUCCAUGGAGCUGUCCUAUCAGGACGCGGCAGCGUCUAAAGGCUGUGUUGUCACCGUGAGAGAAAAGCAGGCAGGCUGGGUGGGGCAAAGGACUGAGGGAGAAAGCGAAAUAGGAGAACAGAAAGAAGACAGACUGGGAAGGAACACGGUGGUUACACGAGGGGGAGGAAUCGGUCGAGGAAAUCUUGAAGAACAAAUCAGGAUGGAAAGCGACUCAAGCGAUGACAGCCAGAGUGACAGCGGACUAUCCGCAGACUUCUCACCACGUAGCACUUCGAACAUCUCUGCAACCACUCUACCCAAAGAGACCCCGAUUGACAGGGAGAUCAGACGGGCCAUCGAACGUGAGCACAGUCUGAGAAGGUCCAGAGGAAUGCAAAAUACAUCCGCAGAGUACGUCGAGAUCCCUUUGAGGAAAACCCUUCUCGAUCAGGUUGUUUCUGCCAGCUCGGACAAGUACCAAGGCUUGGACAGGGAGCUGGCCAGCAAGAAGGUGCAGCAGGAGAUCAGCGAGGAGCUCCGCAGAGAACAAGAUCUGGUCAAGCUGGGUAAGGUUCCCGGUGCCUACCACAAAGGCACAGUUCGGGAACUUAAAGAGAAAAAGAAGCUUUUCGAGGCCUUUCAGAACCACAGGGAUCCCCUUGAGAGUAUUCCAGGCAGGAGCAAGACUUCAUCCUGGUCCUCCAGCAGCGACAGCUCCUCCGGGGAGAGCCACGAUGACAGCUCGUCACAGGCAUCCACUGUGAGGAGCAUAGAAGCUGCUUACACUUCUCCCAAAGCAAGGGGACCGGGCUUAUCUGAGGGCACGUCCUGCCAGAUCAUCAUUGUGGAGAACAACAUGACUGUCCCGGGACAGAAGAUCCACCAUGGCAACGUGGAGGUAGACGGCCUCAUCCGCGUUGAUCCGAAAGCUUCUCAUGUCUUCCCGUCCGCUUCAAAGGACGAAGAGAUGACGGCCAAUAAGAACCCUUUCUUCACGCUGCGCUCCCCUUCAAACGUUGUCAAAGUGGAGCAGGAUAUCCGGGAGGCUCAAGAGAGGGAGAAGGAGCUCCGCAAACAGAGGGUCCACUUGUACGGGGACGAGGGGGGAACAAUGGGAGGAGCGGGAGGUGAUCUGAGAAGAAGCCUGCAGGCAUCUGGUCCGGCUUUUCCUGGCUCAGCAUCCAAGGGAGGAAGCGGAUACACAGCAGCCCGCCACUCAGUUGGAAAGCUCGGCGUGUGGCCCCCAGGUGAGGACCAUGGGGAGACAAUAAAUCAGCCAAAGGAGCUGCAGACUUCCCACAGCUCCAGACACAAGACUCCUCUGGUGCGCCUGUGGGAGUCGGGCCUGGUCAACGGACACCAGCUGGAAGAUCAGUAACGAGACCAGACACUGAGAGUUAUAAAAAAAUAAAAAUUUAAUAAAAACUUUUUCGAGGCCGAGGACUGAGGGAGUGUGUUUGAAGGAAGAAGAGACCUCCAGGAAGGUGGACUACUUUGGGUUCUGGUCGGAGAACACUACAACCUCAGAGCCUCGAGACGACUAACAAAGUAACUGUUUUCUUGUAAUAAUGAUCACUAACCCUAUUUUGUAUUCCAUUUUUAGUGUUUAUUCCACAUUAUUUUUGAUUUCGCUGAUCACAACAGAAUAGAUAAUGCUUAGUUUUGACUGACUUGUAUGAAAGUAACAAAUAUGCAUGCCAACAUACUGACAGCUGUUAUCAAUAAUUGGACAUAGAGCUGUCCUAAUUUGCUCCAAUUAAAGGCCUACUGAAACCCA